AUGGCUGCAGCUCGAAUGCAGCGUUGGGCGCUCCUCCUGUCAGCUCAUGAUUACACCAUUCAAUACCGAAAAGGUGCAUUACAUGCAAAUGCCGACGGGCUGUCACGACUGCCACUCCCCUACACGCAUAAAGAGAAGCAAGGCGCAGUAGAGGUAUUUUACACAUCUCAGUUAGAAAACUUACCAGUCAGUAGCACCGAGAUCAAAGGAAACACCUUGGCUGACCCUAUCUUGGCUCGGGUCCUAGAAAUGGUCUCAACUGGUCGUUUUCCACCUGCUAAGGAUGCAGGUGAAGAGCUGUCACCCUAUCUGCAGCGCCGGCAUGAGCUCACAACCCAACAGGGAUGCCUCAUGUGGGGUGGGAGAGUUAUCGUACCACCAAAACUGCGCCCUCGAGUUCUGGAAGAGCUCCAUUCAUCACAUCCAGGUGUAGUGAGGAUGAAAAGCCUGGCACGCAGCUAUGUAUGGUGGCCCGGUGUAGACGCUCAAAUUGAACUACAGGUCAAAUCUUGCCACUCCUGUCAGAGCGUACAAAAAGAGCCUGGACUAGCACCUUUACACUCUUGGAUGUGGCCCUCCAGUCCAUGGGAAAGGAUACAUGUGGACUUUGCAGGUCCAUUUGAAGGACAUAUGUACUUGGUCGUGGUGGAUGCACAUUCAAAGUGGCCAGAGGUGCAUAUCAUGAAGAGCACCACUGCCUGUAUGACCAUUCAAGUGCUCAGGGGACUGUUUAGUCGCUAUGGCAUUCCACACAUCCUUGUGAGUGACAACGGACCGCAGUUCUGUGCGGAAGAAUUCAGUACAUUCCUGAAAAACAAUGGAGUCAAACACAUCCGCUCAGCGCCAUACCACCCAGCCACCAAUGGCCUGGCCGAACGGUUCGUGCAGACUUUCAAACAUGCUUUAAAGGCAUCCAAAGGCACAGCACAGGUGCGUCAGCGACUUGAGGCGUUUCUAUUAACAUACAGAAACACCCCGCACGCAACAACGAAAGAAACACCGGCAAUGUUGUUUCUUGGACGCAGGCUGCGCUCUCGAUUGGAUUGUUUAAAACCAAGUGUGGCUGGAGCUGUACACAGGUCACAGGAUGCCCAACAACAACGGCGCCAGCAUCACGCUAAGGUCAGACAGUUUGAGGUAGGAGAGUCAGUUCUUGUGCGUGAUUAUAGAAAGGGGGAGGAAAAGUGGGCACAAGGUGUGGUGAGAGAAAAGACUGGACCGGUGUCGUACAAGGUGAAUGUGGGAUCGCCAGGGGUAUGGAAACGCCAUGUGGACCAGAUGUUGAGACGCCCAGAUACAGAGCCUCAGCAAACUGCAGUGAGUCGUACUGUAAGCCCACAGGUGUUACUACCUCCUAGUGAUAGUGGCACCACACUGCACUCAAAUACUCCUUUAUUAGAAAAGAAGGAUGUUCAAGUUCCAGAAAUCCAAGAAACCUUAAAGACACACCAGUCCACUGAACCACCAUCUAAGGAACAUCCUCAGAUAACCGAGACAGUGAAACGUUAUCCUGUGAGGAUCAAAAGACCACCAGCUCGUUACCGUGAUGAGUGA